UGUGGGAGGAUAACAUAAAUAUGCAAGUGUGCGUGGGAUUGAUUGUAUGUAUGGUGUAAAAAAUCAUGGGUUCUCCUGAGUUAAUUAAGUGGGAUCGUUUUGAUUUAAUUGGGGAAGAAGGAAGAGGAAGCGAGGAUAUUAUUUUGCUUUCAAUUCAUCCCCAUAACUUGGUAUUCAGUGAAGAGAUGAAGAAUGAUGAAGAAAUUCUUUGUGGUUGGUGUUUGGAUCCAGUGAAGGAUGCUACCUACAAUUGCAAAGACUGCUCUUUCUCUCUUCACAAGUCUUGUGCAGACGUUGUUGGAGAAACGCGUUACCAUUGGUGGACUUCCAUUAACGAAGACGAGGAUAAAUGUUAUAAUUGUUGCAUUUGUGGGGAAAUAGUCUUAGACAUUCAUCUAAGCUGUGCAUGUCUCCUCUGCGGCAUUCAUCUUCACAAGAGUUGCGCAAGCGAUUUGCCAAGAGAGUUGAAGCAUGUUGUCCACCGCAAGCACCCUCUUUUUCUUCUCUCCAAUUGCGGCACAUGUGACGGCAGUGGUGCCUUUGUUUACUUCUGCAAAUGUUGCACAUUCACCCUCGAUGGAAAGACGGCUCUCCAACGACCUUUGUGCUUACAGGAACCAGAAAAUCACAAACAUCAAUUUAUUCCCUUUAUGAGGUCAGAAUAUUCUUUUCCCUGUGAUGCUUGUGGCCUCGAAAUUGAAAAUUUUGGGUCGUUAGGCGGAUCUUUCCUAUGCACCAUUUGUCAGAUCAUUGUUCACGACGACUGCAUCUCACUCCCACAUACAAUCAAUAUAUUUCAUCAUGAUCACCCCCUCACCCAUACUUUCUUCUUUCUACUUAUAAAAGAAGACAUUCCUCCUGUUGACCAACUAAAUUGUCGAAUUUGCCGUACCAAGUUUGACAAGGAUUUUGGAGGUUACUAUUGUGUGGAGUGCCAGUUUGUUACCCAUGUGGGCUGCGCGAUUGAAAAUCAGAUUUCAACAAAUAACUCAAUCGUGAAUGCUCAAGAAGCAAUUGUUGAUUUGGUCAGGGAGAUUGAGCUGACGGAAGAUGAAUUCCCCCUACAGAUUAAGCACUUCAGUCACGAGCACAAAUUAAGUCGUAGUGAUGAAAUGGAGGAUAAAUGUUGUGAUGGCUGCAUCCGACCUGUGGGAUCUUGGUUUUGGGUCCGUCCCCAGUCGGUUGCGGUCUCCUUUGAGAUGUUCUUCUCUUUUCUUGAGUUUUGUUUGAGCAUGGUUCCUCGCAGUUCGUUCCUUUGGCCUCCUGCUGCCGUAUGGUGGUGUCCAUGUUUCUGGCUGCUUUUCCCUACUGUUUCUACCAUCGCUCUUGGUGCUAAGAUCUCGGUCCUCUCUUGGAGUCCUUUUACUGCGUUUUUAAGGCUUCUCUAG